AUGGCUGCACGCACCGUGUGUCGGGACAGGGCGUCUGAAUUCGGGCUGAGCUGCCCCAACGUCACCUUUGUCCUCCCAGGAAAGCCGGACAAAUGUCCCCAGGGGCAGGUGGCCCCAUCCAGCUCUGCAUCGCUGGCCCUGUUGGGUCCCUGUGCCCCCCAGGACCGCGGCCCCCGGUGCUGCCCUCGGAGCGGUGACCACAGCCGGGUGCAGGAUGUGGACCCGGGCAGUGCCAGCCUGUGUCUGGGGGCUGCUUGGGCUCUCCCAGCCAAGGAGAGGAGGAAGGCAGAGAAGCCAAAAGCUGAUCUUGCACUCUACGAAAACCUGGACUUGGACAACUACGACCUGUCAUUGGACAACUAUGGCGAGAUCCUUGACCUGAGCAACUAUGAGGAGCUCUACGACUACGGUGACCUUGCUCCAAAGAUUGAGGUUGGCACCCUGGCUCCCCGCCCCAAGGACGUGCCCUGGGCUGUUUCGCUGAUGAAGGUGCUGGGGCUGAGACAGCGCUGGGUGCUCAAGACAUCGUGUCCCCACAGCCCGGGCAGGGGUGGGCGGGCACGUAGCUGCCUGCUCUGCCUGUGCAUCGGCACCUCCGUCUACUGCGACGACGCUGACCUGGAGCACAUCCCGCUGCUGCCGCCCGAGACCACCUACCUCUACGCCCGCUUCAACCGCAUCGGCGCGAUCCGGGCCGGCGACUUCACGGGGCUGAAGAAGCUGAAGCGAAUAGACCUGACCAGCAAUUUCAUCUCCCGGGUGGACACGGACGCCUUCCGCCUGCUCCCCAGCCUGCAGGAGCUCAUCCUGCCCGAGAACAGGCUGACGGCACUGCCCGAGCUGCCCCGCGGCAUCGUCCGGCUCGACGCCCGUCUCAACAGCAUCCCCAGCACCGGCCUCCAGCCCGAAGCUUUCCGGGACCUGAAGCAGCUGCAGUUUCUCCAUCUGUCCGAUAACCAGCUGGACUAUAUCCCGGCCCCCCUGCCCGAGAGCCUCCGCUCCCUGCACCUCCAGAACAACAACAUCCAGACCAUGCAUGAGGACACAUUCUGCGACAGCCAGGACCACAGCCAGAUCCGCAGGGCUCUGGAGGACAUCCGCCUCGACGGCAACCCCAUCAACCUCAGCCUCUUCCCCAACGCCUAUUUCUGCCUGCCCCGCCUGCCCACGGGCCGCUUCUUCUGA